AUCCUACGUGUGACUAUAUCCUUCGCCUCAGUUAAAAAAUCGCAAGUUGUUCUCGAGCCCAACCUUCUUUUGUCUUCUUAUAUCCCAAACGACCUUUGAGAUCUUCUCGAUACAAAUCUUCGCGAAAUGUCGUUUCUUGACCACCAAACAAUCUUCUUCAGGAUCACAUAUCCAGAUGAGCAAGAAUAUUUUGCAGUUGUUAACUGGCGACAAGCUCCUCCUCUUGCUCCACUCGGCCCCCAAGUGCUUUUCCGAUGCAUCGAUGUGGCCGUGACGAUGGUGGAAUUAGCCCCCUCAUCUCACCUGGAGCCAUGGGCGCCGCAGAGCAGGUGCCCAUGUGCAAUAUACUGCGUGGACACUCGCAGCGGCCACAGCCAGAAGAUUGAUCUCAGCAGUAACAACAACUCGCUACCUUGGCAUUUUCUUUUCAAAAUCCCCGGGGGUCCAUUCGGCCCUAUGGUCCAAUAUUUUGUGAAGCUGGUUCUCUCGACUACUAGCGGGUAUCUCUCGCGAUGCGACUUUCUUGAACGCCGGAUGCUUGAUUGUCACUGGGCAUCCCAAGUGAUGGGGUUUUACAAGCCCCGGCAGUAUGUCAGUGCCCUGAGUCUAGAGGGUGAGGGAGCAGGCCUACUGGCAAAUGUAUCCUCCUCCAUUGGCGGAAUUCUACUUCGUCAAGGCAAUAAUGCUAUGCCUGUCACAACGUGCUUAGAGGAGCUCGAUAGAGAGCUUUUUCUACGCAUAACCGCACCGUUUCUCUCAAAAGAGUCGAUCCCACGGAAAGUCAUAGCCCUUGUGGAUGGCCGUCGAAAUCUGAAUUUGUCUCCAGCGGCGGAGGGGAUAUUUCGUGCUGCACGAGCCCUGGGCAUUGGAAUUGUCGUCGUGGACCAGACGGGGCAUUGGCUCCAGUCUAAGGACCAUGGAUAUCUGCGAGACGACUUCUUGGCAAUCGACAUGAAGAUUGACGAUAAUCUUCCCGGGCGGAUUGUACAUGCUAUUCGUCAGUAUGGGAUAUCUGUAGACGGCAUUACCACCUUCUCUGAUAAGUACCUCCUCCCAACUGCUCGUGCAGCAGCAGCUCUCGGUUUACCCACUUCUCCGGAUAGUGCAAUAUUCAGGUGCACUAAUAAAUACGAGACUCGGAAUCUGGAUUCUUCCAAGGCCUCCCAGGUAUACCGAAUUUCCAGCCAGGAAGGCCUGGAGGAACUCAUUGCAAGCUCAGAGAGUACCUUGGCCUUCCCCAUGAUUGUGAAGCCUUGCAGUGGAACAUCGUCUGCAGGGGUAUACAAGGUCAACAAUGUCAAUGAGCUACGCCUUGUCGUCAACCAGAUGAUCUCUUCUGCAAACCUCACUAGCAACUACGGGCUGGAUUUUCUCCUCGAACCAUACAUUAACGGCCCUGAGGUCGAUGUCAAUCUGGUCCUUGUAGACGGGGAAAUCAUCUUUUCCGAAAUCAACGACGACUUUCCCAGUCCUGGAGACAGCAGUACCGCCCAACUCACAGACACGUUCAUCGACACGACGAACCUGUUUCCUUCCGCAUUGCCGGAAGACGAAAAGGCAUUACUCCGCUCCCAUGCCUAUGACGUGGUAUCUAGCCUUGGCUUUCGAAAUGGGGUAUUCCAUCUCGAGGCGCGCGUGCAUAACUCUUCCAUGGGGUACGCGAGGGGGCACAAAGGAGGACUGGCUGUUGACCUCCAGUUGAAGCACAGGUCCGCGAAUAUUUCGAGUCAGACCGGUAAUGCCACCAAUACUAUUCCCAGCGUAUUCCUCAUCGAAGUUAAUGCGCGAAUGCCAGGAUACCAAGGCACGACCGCAAUUGAGCGCGCUUACGGGAUCGAUUACUACGCCACAUACCUCCUCGCUGCAGUAGCAGACUACAGCCGUAUGAGAGAUCUCUCCAUACCAUUCCACAGUGACCUCAAGCACUGGUAUGCCGUUGUGCGACUACAUUCGGAUCGAGGUGGUAUAUGGAUCUCCGAUGAUGCAUGUCAGGAGCUCCUGGACCGGCGUCCUGAUCUACAAGAGAACGUAUCCUAUUGUCGCUGCUGUUUUCAGAGGGGACAAGAGGUGUACCAGUCCACGGCGAAUGACGUGCCGUUUAUUGCAUACUUCAUUGUCUACUCGCGGCGAAGCCGUCAGCACCUGCUUAGUGUUGUGGAUGUUAUCAAGAAGAAUUUUCGGUAUGAACUCAUAUCCAAGGAUGAAGUGGGCUCGUCUGUGGGCAAAUAAUUUCAUGUGGUUUCGCUUGCACAUGACUGCAGAUUGACUGAGAGGAGUAUGUCAGCAUUUUUCACCUUAUCGCUGGAUUGGAAUUGUGUGUUUUCUAUUGAUGUUUAGGUGGCAAUAGUAGAAAGGAGAAGAUCGUAGAUUCGCUAAUAACUAGUUGUCUCAGUAAACCAACUCUUGCAAGGAACAUUCCUUUUCUAUUUAUAUACC